GAUAGAAUAAUUUAUAAGACCAAAGCUAACAAAAUUAAAUUCUAAACGUUUUUAUCAGUUAAGUUUAAUGGCUCACAUGGCUUUCAAGUAAUUUGGGGAAAGGUAGGUUCUUUAUCUAAGAUACCAUACAUUGAAAAAAUACGUAAAUAAGUGUUUUACCAACAAUUAUCAGGAGCUAUCAGAUGUGUUUUCAUGUUUUACAUGUGUAUUUAUCUACGAACAAUUUGAAGAAAGUUAAAAAGUUUCUUUUUUAAUGUAAUUGAUUCUGGAAAAAAAAAGUUGAUAACGGCAGAACUUUUGGCUGUUGGUUAUUAUAAAUAAGUUAGUGUGGUUUUUAGUCAGUCUGUUAACGAACUCCGAGGGCUGAGAAGCCAUGUUCCACUUAUUCUAUCUAAUUCUGGCUCUGCUUUUGCUCAUAGUCGUACUAAGACUUUAGACUUGGGGGUUUUCCCUAAUUCUAACUUGCUUCACAUAUAUUUAUAAUACGAGUGCCUGGAAACAAUAGCGUAGGUGUGACUGGGUACAAACUGUUUAAACAAAUUAGUGCCUAAAAUAGAUUGCGUUGUUCCAGCCAUAGCAAGUGUAUUUGUAUACGAACACCUUUUAAUAUGUUGAAAAGCGACUUUGUUAAAUUUUUGGCUCUAUAGGUCUUUGAAAAGAAUUGAUAAAAUACAGUGCGCUGUUUAGUCAGUCUGUUAACGAACUUAGAAGGCUAACCAGCAAUGUUCAACAUAUUCCAUCCGAUUCUGAAAUGGCUUUGCUUUUUCUUCAUAGUCGUAAUUGUGAUUCUUAAUCUGAUAGAUCAAAGUAUCAAUACUCGGUACCUGAAGUUCAGAGUUUCGGAACUUAAGUCGAAAAUAUCAGAUGUUCCUACCACUAGUUCACCUCCUACCAUUAAAAUUCCGAGCACACCUGUGCCUCGUUUCUUUGUGGAAUCCGCGAAGUGCAAAAUCCCUUAUGUGAACCCUUUCGAUGCGGAUGCCAUGGCUAUUUUCCAUCCCGAGCAUUUCGAGGUCUGUUCCAACGAAUCCGCUUUGGUGACCCCGAUCUAUGACAUUAGCCGACAGCGAUAUGUGCUGUUCAUCAACAAGACGUUGGCCUCAAUUUCUCUCAACUCCAGCGUGGAGGAGUUCAACUGUUAUUAUCAGGAGAUAAUGCGCAAUACUUGGAACGACAGUUUCGCUGAGGUGGAUCGGAAGUAUUUUUCGCAGAACUACGAGGUGCCGCUGCAUGUGCAGGGCUUGGUUUUGGCCUGCCAUCGUCUGGGAAACGAUUCGGACAUCCUGCAGAGCGAUGCAUAUUCGCUCGUCCAAUAUAAACCACUCCCCGAAGGACUUUCACAGGAACCGGAUAGACGAAAGCCAAGUGUCCUGAUGUUCGGCAUAGACAGCCUGUCACGGAUCAACCUACGUCGAACCAUGCCAAAGGUUUAUAACUUCUUAACGGGCAGCGGUUGGUACGAACUGCAAGGAUACAAUAAGGUGGGCGACAACACCUUUCCCAAUCUAAUGGCCAUCUUGACUGGCUAUUAUCCGGAUUCAGCGUUGGAAAAAGUGUGCAACUGGCACGAGAAAGGAUGCCUGGACAAGACCCCCUUUAUAUGGAAGGACUUCCGGAAUGCCAGUUAUUUGACAGCCUAUGCCGAGGAUGUAACUUUCAUGAACACGUUCAACUUCCAAAAACCCGGUUUUGUAGAAUCUCCUACUGACUUUUACCUCAGGCCCUUCCAGACGGCAUUCGAAAAGGUCCUGAAUACCUGGAAAUGCAAGGACUGCUCGAUGAAGUACUGCGUCGGCCGGCGGAUCACAAGCAGCUACGUCUAUGACAUGGCCAAGGAAUUUGCCAGGCGUUACUUGGACGAGCGUCCCAUCUGGGGUCUGUUCUGGUCGAAUAGCUUCAGCCACGACAGCUUUCAGAUGCCCUCCAAAAUGGAGGAGUAUGUGCUGCAAUACCUGCUGGACUUCCAGGCAGAUGGGGUGUUCGAAAAGAGUAUUAUGGUGUUCCUCUCGGAUCAUGGAACUCGGUACGGAAAGAUCAUGACCCUGCCCAGUGCGUUUCUGGAGGAGCGUCUGCCCUCGAUGUUCAUCUACUUGCCACCCUGGUUCCGGGCUCAAUAUCCGGAAUAUGCGAGUGCCCUGGAGGGGAAUCGGAACCGCCUAACCUCCAACUACGAUCUGCACAACACCCUGAAGCACAUCAUCGAACUGGGCAACUCUGCCGACAGCCCCAAGCUUCCCGGAUCGGUCGACUGUCCCCAGUGCCAGUCCCUAUUCUAUCCCGUCGACGAGUCGAGAACGUGUGAAGAAGCCGGAAUACCGGAGCACUUCUGUACCUGCGUGCCCUUCAAGAGACUCGAGGCGAAAUGGGCCAGGCGCAUUCCGCCCCUGGUGGUCGCUCGGAUGAACGAGUAUCUGGCCGGCAAGAAUCUCAGCGACAUCUGCUCGGAGCUCACUCUGAAAUACAUUCACAAGAUAGAGAUGAAAAUUGAAUUGGAACACGAUUUCCACGGGGAACUGCCCGUUGUAGACGUUGCCACCUAUCGUACCAAGUUCAAGGUGAAUCAGCACAGCGCCGAUUUCGAAGCCACCGUUAUAUUCAAUAAUAUUACGGAGUCUGUGGAGGUCUCGGUGCCAACCAUAAGUCGGUUCGAUCGUUAUAAGGAAGUUUCAACCUGUGUCGACGAAAAAAUCGACAAGAUGUAUUGCAUUUGCAAAAGUGAUCUUAAAAAAUUGACUACCCCCAAAUAGUUAC